AUGGCAGACACUUUAAACUUCGGUCCAGAAUGGCUCCGUGCUUUGUCUGAUGGCAACACUGUUGCAUCCCCUCCACCCACACCAGGGUUAGGAGGGAAAUUUAAACUAGCCAAUAAUCGUUAUGGGAGAGAGGAGAUGUUGGCAUUGUUUCACGAUCAGUAUAAAGCUCCUGAUGAAUUGAAAGAAAUACCCUCUAUUUAUUGUGAAGCUAUACAGAAACCACUUGCUUUUAUGAAUCUAUCUGAGGAAGAACAGCGGUUAAUGUCACAAUCAGUUAACAGUGUAACAGUUCUACGAAGUAUGGGGCGGGGGUCUGGCCCUCCCACUAGAGGGAGGGGUGGUAGCACAGCUGAUCGGGGCAGGGGCAGAGGUAGAGGACGUGGUGAAUACAUACAUAGAACUAUCUCUGAGAAUGGUGAACAUAAUACCCACAGUGGGGGGUUCGGGGUCCCAGGAAGAAAUGUGAAUAAUGAUGGCUGGGAAGAAGUUGGUAAGAAGUAUGAAAGGGGAGGUUAUAUCUCACGUAAUUAUGAUGAGACUACAGACCGUGGUGGAAUCAGACAACAUUAUAAUCGUUCAUUAAGUAAUGAUAAUUGGAGGGAGAAGAAUAAUAAUGAGGAAGAUGAUGGAAGCUGGAGAAGGGCUGGCACUAGAGACAAAUGGAAUAAAGAUUCACGUGGUAACUGGCGUGAUCCUAACCACCAUGACAAUCAAGAUAAUGAUCGUAAACAAUCUAAUGGAUUUUCACGAGAUGGACCUCCUGGUCGUCAAUACCAGAGAAGCAGAAGCAGUGAAUCUUGGGAUACUGAAGAUAAUCUUCCUGAAUGGAGUACAGAAGUCGAUGAUCCAGAAACCGUUGGAUCCUUUGAUGCUUCAGGAGCUUUUGUCUCCACUUUUAAGGAACCAGGAGGUCUAGAAGAUGAAUUAGAAGAAAAGCCUGACAAAGAAAAUCAGGUACCAGCUGUCUCAAAGGAAAAAGUUAAGGAGAAUAAUAACAAUAAUAAAACAAAGGAAGAACCAAACCAAAAAUCUGCCAAAAGUGCUAAUAUAAACUCAAAUAACGGACCAAAUGGUGAUCCGAAAUCAUCUAACAAUAAGACUGAUAUUAAUCCUAAUAACAUAAGGGCGUCGCCCUUACAGUUGAUUGACAGGCGAGGAGGAAAUCAAAAUGAGAAAUCCUCCAGAGCUUCACCCUCUCUCACACAGAGACCAUCUAUUAAUAAUAAAACUCAGCAUAAUAAUCUCACAGCUCCACAAAAACUUUCACCAAGUCGCUCGGCUCCAGAUCUUAAAUUAAAAGAAGGGGAAGCUCUAGACUUUAUGAAGUUGGAAGCUGAAAAUUUAGUAGCUUUAGUUACAGAUGAGGAUGAUUUUGUUCCAUCAAUGAAGGAGUCGUCCUCACAACAAAUCCCUCAACAACCAUCGUCACAGGAAACAUUUAAAUGGUUAUAUAAAGAUCCACAGGGAGAUAUACAAGGUCCAUUCACCUCUGAUGAAAUGGCUGAAUGGUUUAGUGCUGGAUAUUUUACUAUGAGUUUACUAGUCAAACGUCUCUGUGAUGAACGAUUUCAACAAUUAGGUGAUUUGAUUAAAAGAUGGGGUAGAGUACCAUUUCUGGCUGGAUUAGCUCCUCCACCAUUACUGAAUAGCCCUGUGACAACAUUACCGACAGAUCAACCUGCUGUUUUACCACCGAUAUCACAACCACCAAUACAGACUAGUGUUACCCCUCCUAAUGAACAAAUUAAUGUAUUACAACAACAGUUUAUGUUACAACAACAGAUGUUACAACAACAGUUACUAAUGAGACAAUUGCAACAGCAACAACAGCAACAAAUGGUUUUACAACAAAUGCAAGAACAGGAGGGUUUUAAAAGUUUACCCCUUGCUCAACAGCAGCAACUAAUGAUGCAGAUGAUGAUGUCACAACCUCCAAUAAUGUUACCCCAGCAACAACAGCAAUUACAACAAGCAGCUGUGGCUGCCCAGCAACAACACAGAUUAUCUCCCUUGCACACAGAACAAGGUGGCAUAUCAAAUCAUCCUUCAUUUCACCGUUCAAUGUCCCAACCCUCCAGUAAAUCAGAUAAUCAUGGUGGUGAGGAAACUAUUUGGGGUGGGGUGAAUACUACAUCUGCUGCUCCCAACCCACUAGCUGCAGGUGGCUUUUCACAACCAACAAGUGUUUGGGAUCUAGAGGCUGGAAAACAAUCAGAUCCUGCUGAUUUACAUGCACAAAUACAAAGAAUGCAACAGGAAAUGGAGAGAGUAAAGAGAUUAGAAGAAGAAAGAAAGAGAGAAGAAGAAAUAAAACAAUUAGAACUGCAGCGCAAACAAGAGGAUAUAAAACAACAACAAGAAAUGUUAAUGAGAGAAAAACAAGAAAUAGAACGACAGAGACAGUUAGAAAUACAGAAAAUUGAAGCAGCAACACGUCAGCAGCAAGAAGAGGAACAAAAGCAAGCUGAAGAAAUGAUGCGUCAAGAACAGGAACGUCAACGACAACUACAUCUAGAAGAACAUAGACGUAGGGAAGAAGAAGCAAGAAUAGAAGAGGAACUUAGAAGGGUUGAAGAGCAACAACGUGCUGAAGAGCGAAGAUUAGAAGAGGAAAGGAAGAAAGAAGAGAAGAGGAAAGAAGAAGAAAGAAAAAGAGAAGAAAAACGAUUAAAAGAAGAAGCCAAGCGAAAAAUGGAGGAAGAGAGGAAAAGACAGCAGGAAAUGUUACAGCAACAAGAGUUAAUGAGACAACAAGAAUUACAGAGACUUGAAUUAGAGGAACAACAGAGAAAACAGGAGGAAGUAGAGAGACAAGCUGAAUUACAAAGACAACAACAAGAGGCUUUACGAAAACUUCAACAGCAACAACGUGAACAACUGUCUAAUAUCAAGCUCCCAGCAACAGCUCAAUGGGCUAAACAACAAAAUGGUGGAAGCAACAUAACAAAUUCUCUAUCUUUAACUGAAAUACAACAACAAGAACAUCAGAAAUGGCUAGAAGAAGAACAACAGCGCCAAAUUGAAAUGCAACAAAGACAGCAUAUGGAAAUAUUACAACAAAAACAACAAGCACAACAGCAACAGCAAAAAUCCUGGGCUAGUCAUGUCCAAUCUCCAGCGUCAAAUAGAAAGUCAUUAAUGCAGAUUCAACAAGAAGAGCAAGCAAAGUUAGUUGAGGCAGAACGUAAACGUCAACAACAAACCCAACAGAAACAGACACAACCUAACAAGAAUGUGAGUUUGGCAUCUGCAGCAGCAUGGGCUGGAUCAGCUAGUAAUAAUAACAGUAGUGUGUGGGGAAGUGAGAGUGGAGCAGCAGGUGGUAUCUGGGAGCAACCACCAUCUUCCAAAAAAAAGGCAGCAGCCACAGUAGCUAAAGAUUUCCCAGCUUUAAAAGAUAAAAAAGGGGGAGCUGCAGCUACCAAAGCUACAAAAACAACAAAUGCUAAAACCACCAAGGAGGAGGUGGUUGUUAAAAGUUUAUUUAAACCACAACAAAAGAGUGAUGAGUUUACAACUUGGUGUGAGAAUGCAUUAAAAACUAUUGCUACCUCAGUUGAUGUGCCAACAUUUAUAGCUUUUCUUCAAGAUGUUGAAUCUCCAUAUGAGGUACAUGACUAUGUCCGAUCAUAUCUUGGUGAAACUAAAGCUGUCAAUGAUUUUAGUAAAAUGUACCUAGAAAAGAGAAGUCAAUAUAAAAAUAAGAAACGACAGGAAAAACGUCAACAAGAGGACAGCAUUUGGGGUCCAGCACCGGCCAUCAAUCCAAAAGAACGGAAACCAGCACAGGCUUCUGAUGGGGGCAAUGCUCAGAAAUCUAAAGGCAAAAAGAAGAAGAAGAUGCAGAAACUGGAUGGAAGUGUCCUGGGAUUUACCUGUCAGGCUGCUCCAGAUCGUGUCAAUGCUGGUGAAAUUGAGAAUAUCCUAUGA